CCCCAUUUAUUUUGUUAACAUUUACGAUACAUAACGUUAGGUGCUGGCCAACUUAACUAAUGUAUUAGGUAUCCUAUUACCUAUUACGACUGCACUUUUUAUGAUACAGUUUUAGUGUUAUUAAAAGUUUCAUAAGAAACUGUAUAAUGCUGCUCUAUAUACAAAGCAAAGCUUAUCCGGGGCGAACUUUCGUUGACCUUUGUCGGCCAUCAGAUACAGUGGCGCGAGUAAGAGCAAACUUGUUGCAUAGUUUGCAUGAAAUCGGACAUUCUAACCACCAGUUCAGGUUACAAUACAAGGGAUCUUACUUGAGAGAUGCAUACACACUUGAAGAAUAUAAGAUAUUGAACAAUGCUGUUAUUUCAAUGAUACCUUUGAAUGAUGUUUCUGAGUGGAACAAAGAUUUGAGAUUCCACCAAUCAACAACAACAACAACAACAACUGAUGAUCAAGUUGUUGAUGUUGUUCAAUCUGCGUUGUGUGAAGAGAUCGGAUAUCUUGACACAAGAGAAAAAGUUCUGAGGAAUUACAAAACCCUCGUAAUGAUGCAGAUUGUUCUUGCUUUUCUUGCUCUCUUCACAGUGUACUGGUACUUCUUCUUUGCUUAUCUCUUUGUUAUUUUUGCUUCAUUCAUAUACAGUCCAAGUUUCACAAGGAUUGGUGGGUGGAUGGGAAAGAACAGUGUAAGGAGACGCGAGUUUAUGGUGGUGAUGAUCUUACUUUGUACACUCAUGGUAGCUUCAAGUAUCUUACUGCUUGUAUUCAGUGUAUCAGAACUAACAUUGUCGCCAUACCCCACCACCAGAUGUCAGUCUCAAGUGUCAAAUUGUUUCUCGGAAGCUCGAGGGGAUCCAGUAGAGGAAGGGGUUUGUACGGCUUACCAGAUGAGGUGUUAUGAAUCAUCUGUGUGGACAAGUGUUUAUUUCUGCAUUGUCAUUAUAUUCAUGAUAUCCACUGGUAUUCUGUGUUGUUACUUGCUUUAUAACUUCAAGUUUGAAGUUGGCGAUUUUAUUGAACAUUACUUGAUACAGACAAGAGAAAUGCAGCAAGUAAUGCAUGCAGCUAAACAUGGAGACACAAGUCAAAAGAGAAGUGCUGUGUUUGAACUUGCCACUAUGGCAGCAUCUGCUGAUGAUAAUAAGUUUCAAAUUGUCACUGAAGGGGGACUUGACAUCCUAAUAUCACUGGCUCUCAGUAAAGAUUCAACAACACAAGAAUAUGCAGCAGAAGCAAUAGCUGAAUGUCUCACUGUACCUGCCAUACAAGAUCAGUUUGUUGCUACCGGAGGUAUGUGA